AUGAAACUGUGGGGGAGGUCAGCUUGGCCUGUGCAGGUGGCCUUCCUCGUUGCCUUGGUGAUGCUCUGCGUUGACCCGGUGUCCGCUGGCAGCCGUAACCAUCGGGGACCGACAGUCGCAUACCAGGUUAAGCAGGGGACAUGUGAGGUGGUGGCCAUCCAUCGCUGCUGUAAUAAGAAUAAGAUUGAAGAGCGCUCUCAAACCGUCAAGUGUUCCUGUUUCCCUGGGCAGGUGGCCGGCACCACCAGAGCCAGACCGUCCUGUGUGGAAGCUUCCAUCGUAGCCCAGAAGUGGUGGUGCCAGAUGCAUCCGUGUAUGGACGGAGAGGAGUGUAAGGUCCUGCCUGACCUGACUGGCUGGUCCUGCAGCACUGGCAACAAAGUCAAAACCACCAAGGUGAGACGAAUGACAUAG